AUGUCUUUGUUAGAAAAACAUCUUGAACAAAUUUCGCUUUCAGCUGAGUCAAUAGCAACUCUUUCAUUUCCCGCCCCAAAAAUAUUCACAAAUGCACUCCUCUCGGCCCCUGAUAUCACUAACCUAAUCCGAGAUACGGAAGUUCACGAACGUGCGCUCUUCUCAGUCCCUACACCUGUAUCAUCGUUUAAUAACCCCGGCUUGGUUAAACCUACGUCUAGACGUCAGACCGUCUUCAACGUAUCCCAUGGAGAAGUAACUACGACUCAGUCGAAAAUGCGUGCACCUCGCCGACAGGCUGCCGUGGCAGCUGUCUUAGGCCCCGAAUUACAUCAGGAGGUUAAAAAAAUGGAAGGUAAUGGGAACUAUGAGAUCAAUAUUGACGUCUUACUGCGAGGAAUCGAGAAACUUAACGCAGUCUACAGCGUUCCUGGCGUUGUGGGACGCGUCCAGGAUUUUCGGAGCCGCCACGCACAGACUUUAUGGGCCCUUCCACAUUAUGAAGAGUUAGUAGAAAAGCAGACAAGACAACUAGAACGUCUAAAUCAUGGAGAUUUAGGUAACGAUGACGAGUCUUCGAAAUUUGAAUUGCCUGCUGAAUUUGGAGAGUCUGGAAUAGAUGAGGAAAUCAGGAAAGAAGAAAUUGAAAUCGAGGAAUUAGAACAGAAAAAGCUAGAAUUAGAAAGUCGCAUUCAAAGUAUAGAAAAAGAUAUCGGAGGUCUAAUGCGUUCAUGA